CGCAUCAAGCUAAUUAAAGAUAAAUAACAACAAUAUUGCAAAACAAUUUACUUUUACGGAGCAAAUUAAUAGGUACAGGGCGUUGUCUGUCUGUUUAGAAAAUAAUAGCUCAGCUUCAGUGCACACUAAAACCCAACAAACAAUUGUAUUGAAUAAAUUACAAAAUAAUUAUAAGACCUAGACAUAAUUUCAUUGUAAAGUUUUGUGGGUGUACGGUACGUUGUUUUAGUUUUGCUGUGUCAUAAAACACAAUAUUAACACCACCUGUGUGAAAGUUGGUCAUUGCAUUUACUCUACAUUUGUUUGGCUUUUUUUCUAUUAUACCUCAAGGUCUUGUAAACAAACGAAAUAAAAUACAUACGACUGACUCCCUCUAUUUGCGACACGAACUCAGACCUAUCGACCCACUAAUUGUAUCUUACCGCAAAUAAUCAGCAAGGUUGUUGGCAGGAAAUGGAACUGGAAGCAAAGGUGGAAGUGAAAUAAAUAAACAAAGUGUGCUGUCAAAAACUUUGAAUUCGUCAGAAUUUUGUAGGAAAUUUUGAAAAGAACUACAUAUAUUAUACAAAGGUUUUAACAAAAAGGGCAAUCAUUUAGAUUUCAUAUUGUUUCCUUACGAUUGACAUUCUGACAAAAGAGUUGUUCCUUUUUACGAGGAUAGUUCAAAAAGUUUGAAAUAAAUAUAUAGGAAUGGCAAGUAGUACGGAAUAUGUUCUCUAUAUUCCGUGGACUAAACUAAUAUAGAAAUUAGUCAAUAAUAGACUUUCGUGCGAAAGGAAAAUAUAAAAUUGUCUUUCUGUUUGUAAUUUCUACAAUAUUUCUGACCCAUUAAAGUAUAUAUGUAUAUAAAUACUAAAUCCUUAUAGAUAGCGGAGCCGAUUUAGCUAUAUAUCCGUCUAUCCAUCCAUGAAUAACCUAGAAACAUAUAAUCAAACAUAUUGAUAUAAUGAAAAUCUAAAACACGCUGCUUACUAAUUUAAUGUAUGCUGCGUCAUCUACCUAUAAAAGAUGAAUUUCUGGAACUUUUUCGUUAAUCAUUUGGAACUUAAAAAAAAAAACAAAUAUUCCAUGAUAUCUCAGCACUUUGACACAUCUAUUGCAACCAAGUGAUUUAAUUGUCUUGACAUUAGGCUUUGGCCAAAUUACCUUGAACAUCCCAUAAACCCUUCUUCUUUUAUUCGACAUUCUCUUGAAUGUGUUCUUUAAAAUUUGUCAAUCAAAUAAACUAAAUAGCUAAUAUAUUUAAAUUAAACAUGACAGCAGCCAGACAUGCGUGUAGUUUUAAAAUUAACAUUAAAUUUAUGAUACUAACUUAUACAGAUAAAAUGUGUCAAAAUUAUUUUUAGAACUUACACCUUUAAAAGUAAAAGAAAACAUUUUACAAAUAUUUUAAAGUUGUCACAGGUUUUCUUAUUUACUCUAUUAACUACAAAGCAAUCUCUAAAAAUAUAAAGAAUCUUUAAAUUAAACCAAAAUAUAGGUAUAACUUAGCCCUCUAAUAAAAUGAAAAAUCCAAAAAUCAUGCGUUUACACCACAAAUUUCGCAAUAAAAAUAUAAAGUAAAUAUUAAAUAUACUAAAAACCCACAAAACCAACAACUUCUUGCUUAUAAUUUAAAUAAGUGUUAUAUGAAUUUUUGAUUAAAUGCGUCGUUUAAAUGCAAUACUUUACACAAAAUAACAUAAAUCUACUCAAAAAAAAAAAAAACAUCAACAGAAUUAAAUAGUGCUAAAACAAGCAACUUUUUUUUAGACGCAAAGCUAAAACGAUGGUAGCUGCCAAGUUAGUAGAAACCGCCAAACAAAUAAAAACAGAUGUUAAAAGAAUUCAAACAUUUGUGAAAAAAAUUAAAAAAAAAAUAUUUUUUUACACAACGUCAUCUUAAGGCAGAAAUACUGUCCACUAUACUAUCGAGGAAAAUUGUUGUCUGGUUUGCUAAAAUGUGUAUAAAAUUAAUUUAAAGAUGUUUAAAUUUAUUUUAUUAUCAGCAAACUCAUUUUGAGGUGAAAAUACUAAUCACUAUACUAUCGAGGAUAAAGCUAUCUAUGUAUACACGUUUGUCAGAUCUUACAACGUAGGCGGUAUGAUCACUAUACUAUUGAAGAAAAUCAUAAAAUUUGAAAACGUAUGGACUAAGUUAUAAGAAAUUGUAUUGUCAUUAUACUAUCAAGGAAAAUAUAUAUUAAUUUUUAUUUGAACUUGGACAAUUUCUUUCACAUAUAAAUAGCAGAAAUGAGGACGAGGAGCUGUAGAGAUAUCCUAAAAGACAUGUUGUUGUUGUAACAGCUUAAAGUAUUGGGCCACUUCUACAGGGUUAAUCCAUAAAUCCAUUGGGCUAAGUAAUGUGGGGAUCUUGUCCACAUGCUGGAUAUAUGUUAGGGACGACACGGUCUAUGCGGAACCAGUAGGCGUUGAGCCUGUUGCUCCAUAUCGAUCGCGGAAUACAGAGUCUCAGACAAGAUUGUCUAGGAAUUAGGUUUACAAUAAACCUGAAAGCAUUUUUCUGUUUCAAUCCUUAUAAACUGCUAGGUUUUAUCAAGGGAAUAUAUCAGCAAUUGUAGACGUAGAUCUCGUUCCAUUUUUGUUCUAUCGAUAUUUGAAGAUCUCUAAGAUCUUGAAAUGGGCUUCAUCCUUUAGACCACAGCCUCUAUUUUCAUCUUCUUUUUUUUAAUUUUUUUUUUCUCACAUAAAUGCUACUGAAGGGGAUCAUAAUGAACCCUAUCUAGAUUUCAAAAAUUUUUAAUAGCUUUCGUAUGAGACAAAUAGAUAUUUACAACAAUAAAUAUCAGAAAAAGUUUAAAUACUUAAUAAGAUCUGAAGACAACCAACGAAAUAAUACAGAAAUAUGAAAAAAUAAUUAGCGCGUACCCAAGUGCUAUAAAAACGAAUACGAAGAAAAACAUCAGCAAAACGACUCUAACGAAAAAAAAAGUAAAACAAAUAAUAAGCCAACAACAAAUAUUUUUAACAAGCUCAUAUUUCAGUCUUUUACUUAAAGCCAUUGAGCAACUAAGCACUAACAGACAUAAAAAAGAAAAGUAAAUUAAAUCAAACUAAAGCAAAUUAAAAGAAAUCAUAUUAUAAAUCUAACAAUUAAGCAACAUCAAAGAGAAAUUGAUUUACAUAGAAAAAUUUAAUUAAUCCUAAGUAAAAGGCAACUUCAACAAAAACAUAGACCAACGUAAAUGCAAUAAACGUGUUAUAAUUAAAUUUUUAUUAAAUUUAAACAAAUUCAGUUUAAACAACGAAACAACAGCACCAACAUUUAAAUAAAUAAAUAUACGCUUCAUCAGCACCAACAAGACCAACUUAAUCUAUACAAAUGCCCUACAUUAUUAUACGUGGUAAUUUAGCUUCAUAUAGUCAUAAGUAUCCAUGGCGUGUUUUAGUGUCAGGACUAAAAGCUUCUGAUAUAGAGCAAUUGAAUAAGUUUUCUUGUGGCGGUUAUAGUGAUGAAACUACUAUAGUUUAUUUAGUACAUCCUUGUCAUAUUUUAUCUGCUUUGGAGAUUUUAGGUUUUCGCGUUGUAGCAUCCUCCUCCACAGCCGUAAAACAAGAUUAUAACGAGUAUAUGUGGACCAUGCGUAAAGAGUUUACCGAACCUGAACCACUAGAAGAAUCAGCCGUUGUAAGAGAAAAUCUUUCGAAUAUAGGAAGAGAAGCAGCUAGUUUAGGCAACUAUCAUAAAGUGCACUCUCCCGAAUAAAUUGGAAAGUACUUAUCGAAAACUACUUUUUUUGUACCAUUUUUCUACUCUCUAAUCUCUAACCAACCCUUGUCCUCAAACUCCAAAGCCAAGUUUGUUACCAAAAGCAAAAAAAAAAAGGAAAUCUUU